AUGCUCAACUAUCACAAGUCAUCUAUAGUUGCAUUGCUAGAAACACACAUGCAAGAUCAUGCAUACCUUAAAGAUGAGUUUGGCUUCUCCAACUUGGCGCAGUCACCUGCCCAAGGAAUCUCUGGAGGAAUUGCACUACUGUGGAAGGAGAAGGACAUUAAACUUGAACAAGUGGCAGUUACCAAUCAAGAGAUUCACUCCAUUGUCCAGGUACAUCCUAAUACUAGCACUUGGUUACUAUCUAUUGUUUAUGCGAAAAAUGACCUCCAUGCACGUUCUAUACUGUGGGAUAAUCUUCGUUCUAUAUAUGAUCAAAUUAAAUUGCCUUGGUUAAUCGGAGGGGAUUUUAAUGAAAUUACUGCCUCUAAUGAAAAAUAUGGAGGCCUUAGUAUUAAUAAUAAUCGUACUGACCAUUUUAUAAAAUGUAUUAACUAUUGUAAUCUUGUGGACCUUGGUUAUACGGGUAGUAAGUACACUUGGUCGAAUAAUCAACGAUUAGCUAAUAGAAUACUUGAAUGA